AUGGAGACAAUCUGUUCUGAACUGACUAGGUGGUCUCAGAUAGCGCAGCAUUUGCCUGGAAGAACAGAUAAUGAGAUAAAGAAUCAUUGGCAUUCCUACUUGAAGAAAAAGUUUCUCAAAGAUGAAGGAAUGGAGUCUUUGAAAAGAACUCAAUCUGACAGCUCAAACUCAGACAUUAUGGAACUUUCACCAUCUCCGAAGAGACUCAAAAUGCAAGCUUCAAGUCGAGUCAUCAAUGAGUUUCCGCAGAUGUUUGAUUCUCCUAAAGAACCUAAAGGAAGCUCCUUAUCACCUAAGGUUACGUUUGCAGAGUGGCUUUCACUUGACAGCUUUGCAAGUUUAGGUGAGCCUAUGGAUUCAAACAGUACAUUUGAUCAUAACACAGGCUUCCAAGACAAUUUCAUGCAUGAUUACUUACUGGAUGAAACAGCGUUUGGUGGUGAGUAUCAUAAUUCACUAAGCCAUGGUUCGAGCGGCGACAUUUUUAGUUCAGAAUUCAAGUUUGAGAGCCAGAGUCCAGGAAAUGAGUUUGAUUUUAGCUCUGGAGAGGAUUUAUGCGGAGACUUCAACUUGAGCAAUAUUACAUAUGAGGGCUUGGUUUCCGAAAGCAACUACGAGGAAGAAUAA